ACGCGCCUGGUGCCAUUUGGGUGGGCGUGUGUUGUUGGCAGAGGCCAGUACUUUGGAGCAAGUUGUGAACGACCUAGGUCGAGUGGACACAUAAUUAUCGCAAGACAUUGAAUGGUGCCCAUCAGGCAUACUUAAUAUACUAAAGUUGUUUCCUUUUGUGGUACCAAAAACAACAGAAAUCAGCGCGAUGUUGGUGCUGGUGCUGAAGGUGACCGCCGUGCUGGUGGCCGUGCGGCUGCUGGUCCGCUGGCUGCGCCGGCCGCGCUCCAACAACCCGUUCGCCAGCGACGCGCGCCAGUCCGUGCGCCCGCUCGUCAUCGACCAGAAGGCACGCGAUCGGGUCAUCAAGCAGUCGUUCUCGCCUGACCGCGUGCCGGCCGACCUGGACGCCAUCGUGAUCGGUAGCGGCAUCGGCGGUCUCUCCGUGGCCGCCAUCAUGGCCAAGGCCGGCAAGAAGGUGCUGGUGCUGGAGCAGCACGAUCAGGCCGGCGGCUGCUGCCACACCUUCAUCGACAAGGGCUACGAGUUCGACGUGGGCAUCCACUACAUCGGCAACCUGAACUCGCAGACGUCGGCCAAGACGCUGAUUGACCAGCUGACCCACGGACAGCUGCAGUGGGCGGCGCUAGACGACGAGUUCGACACGGCCGUGUUCGGCGAUAAGCGCUACUCGCUGGUGUCGGGCAGGCGGCGCUGGCUGGAGCACGUCAAGAAGCAGUUCCCCGACGACACGGACGCCGUGGAUCGGCUGUUCGAGGCGGUGGUGAAGUGCAAGAAAGGCGCCAUGGGCAUGGUGCUGGUGAAGAUGCUGCCGGUGUGGCUGAGCCAGCUGCUGCUGCAGACCGGCCUCUUCAACCUCGUCUCCGACGUGUUCAAGUGGAACAAGCGCUCCGUGCAGGAAGUGGUCACGGCCGAGACGAACAACAAGGAUCUGCAGGCGCUGUUCAUGUACUGCUUCGGCGACUACGGCACCAGCCCCGACCAGGCCGGCUUCCCUAUGCAGGCCACGCUGCUGGCCCACUUCUGGCACGGCGGCUCGUACCCGGUGGGCGGCGCCUCGGAGAUCGCCUUUCACAUGAUCCCCGUCAUCGAGGAGGCCGGCGGCCGGGUGCUGGUGAGAGCCGAGGUGAAGGAGCUGCUGAUGGACGAGCUCCGCAGCACAGUGGUCGGCGUCAAGGUCGCCAAGGGCAGCUCGACCCACGAGAUACGCGUGCCGAUGGUCAUCUCAAACGGUUGUACAAUACGAUUGCAACGGCUGUUGCCGCGGCCGGUGGCCGAGACGUCGCGCCUGUGGCCGCUGACCAAGAUGUCGCACGCCACGGCCGGCUUCUCCGUGUUCGUCGGCCUCAACGCGCCGCUGGAGGAGAUCCGCGGCAGCGGCGACAGCACCAUCUCCCCCCGCAACUGGUGGGUCUUCACCAACAAUGACAUCACCAAGGUGUGCAACGACUACAUGGCGUUGUCGGCUGACGAGGCGUUGGACCGGGACGUGCCGCUCAUGUUCAUCUCCUUCCCGUCCACCAAGGACCCCGAGUGGGAGAAACGCUACCCGGGCAAGACCACGAUGGCUAUUGUGACGCUGGCCAACUACGACUGGUUCAAGCAGUGGGAGAACGAGCGGUGCACCAAACGCGGCGCCGACUACGAGGGCGUCAAGAACACGAUCGGUGACAAGCUGGUGGCGCAGGCCACCCGGCUCUUCCCCCAGAUCAGGGACCACAUCGACUACGUGAGCUUCGGGAGUCCGGUGACGAACAACUUCUACCUGGGGGCGCCGCGGGGCGAGAUGUACGGCAUGGACCACAACCAGGAGCGCUUCAGCGGCGAGAGUCAGACCCUGCUGCGUCCCGCCACCGACGUGCCAGGUCUGUACCUGACCGGCCAGGACAUCCUCAGCUGCGGCUUCUCGGGCGGCCUGUACGGCGGCGUGCUGGCCGCCAGCGUCGUGCUGGGCCGCAACUGCUUCUCCGACGUCGAGACACUGCACAAGCAGCUCAAGAAGGCGGCGUAGGCGGCGACGGCGGCCGGCCCCGCGGCUCCCUCCCGGAGCAGUCCUGGCGGCGGCGGUGGAAGGCGUCACGAGUCCUGGCGGCUGGCGGAGGACCGGUCCCGUCAGUCCUGCCGGUUGGCGGGGACCGGUCCCGUCAGUCUUGUCGGCUGGCCGGGGACCGGUCCCGUCACUCC